AUGGACCAAGAAGAGGAUGUCACUACAGGAAUGUAUCUCAAUGAAAAAACAAUUUACAAAUUGUCUAAAAAGCCAUAUACUUCCUUCAUUCCACCUCACAAUAUGACUCGUUUACAAUAUGCAUAUUAUAUUUUUGUACAAUUUAUGAUUUUCACAUGGAAAGAAGUUUCGAAAAGAAAAGUUGCAUUUUUAAUUGGAACUGCUUCAUGUUUCGUUGUGGUUUGGAUGGUCAUGAUAUCAGUUUCUGCAUUAUCACAAAUUCCUCUUGUUUUUAUUAGAUUGGCAGAAUUACAAGUUGGAGAAUAUGAUAUUCAAAUUAGUGCUUCAAAAGUACUUCCAGGUGUGACACUCAAUUAUACUUUAAUCGAUCAACAAAUUCAAAAUGCCACAAAAACAGAUGUAACUGAACAAGAACGAUAUUCCUAUCACUCUCCGAGAUAUUUAUUUAGUGUCAAAGCUUUUACUUCUUGCAAUAAUACGUUAUCCAAUGAUUUAAAUUAUCGAGAUUACUCUUGGAUGUACAAUUCUUCCGAUGUGAGUUGUGGACAGAAAUCACCACACCAAGAUACUUACAAACUCUCCACAACAGAUUACAAUGAUGGAUACUUUUGUGUUCCUCGUUACUGUAAAACUCAACAAGAUCGAGUCUCCUUAUACGUUAUUGACACAGACAAAGAAAAUAGAAUGCAAUUUGGAAGAAAUUAUCCAUACAAGAAAUUGAAAAAAGGACAUGCCAUUAUAGGUGCUUCUAUGGCCAUGGAUAUGGGUGUGAAAGCAGGAGAUACAAUUCUAGUAGGAGUGGCAACCAUGGAUACUCUUGUUGGACCUUAUUAUGAAGCUGGCAUUGUUCGAUAUCAUGAUCAACUUUCUAAUGCAUUGUUAAACUCUCUUGAGUUUUUACCUCCAUCAUUGAAAGAAGCUUUUGAAAAGGAAACUUUAGAAUUGAGCCCUGAAUUGGCGUCUCUCAAAAAGUUAUCCAUGUUACAUGCAUUGCUUGAAGCAGAUGUUUCACAACAAACAUCAAAUUUCAUUCAACUCUCAGACGAAGAACAGUACAUGAAUCGAAGAGUGACAUUCAAUAAUGGAACUUUAUACUUUCCAGUCACUAUUGAUGUAGUGUCCAACAAUGUACAUGGAAAAUUUGCAACAAGUAUUACAGACUAUAUCAUUAUGGAAUUUGACUCGUUUUUAGAACAUUUGGCUGAAUUCUUACCUUCUCAAUUAUUUAGUGAACAUGAAAAGUCAUUGAUGUCUCGUGUGAGUCCUUAUUCCUAUGCUGGUUAUGUCUAUUUCAAUUAUCCACCAAAUAGAUUAACAGCAUACAAUGAAAAUGAUUUUAAAAAGAUUAGAGAUAAGAUUACAGACUUUUCAUCACUUGCCAUGUAUUUGAUUGGAUUUAAUCAAGUGGAUACAAACUUUCCAAUUUUGGAACAAAUGCAACAAACCCAAUUCUUUUCACUCUUUGUGGGUUUAAUUAUUUCAAUCAUCCUUGUGGUGUUAUCUCUGUUGAGUGUUGUCCUUAUUUAUAGUUUAUUAAUGAUCAAUGUUGAAAAUAGAAGAUUUGAAAUGGGUUUAUUGAGAAUUUUAGGAUUGAAGAGAAUUCAUCUCGUUGAAUUAAUUCUUGUACAGGCCAUGUGGUAUGGAAUUCCAGCAUGGAUGAUUGGUUUGAUUAUUGGACAAAUUUCAUAUGCAGGUGUGGCCAUCUUGUUGAGUUCAACAUUGGAAGCGAAGGUUUCCUAUUUUGCAUCGUUUGAGGCAGUAGCAUUUGCUUCUCUUUUAGGAAUUGGAGUUCCAAUUCUUGCAUCCAUUCUUCCAAUCAAAACUGCAUUGGGCCAGAAUUUACAUGAUUCUCUCGAUACUCAACGUUCCGUUUCAGCUGUGAAAUAUAGUGUGGAAAGAGCUGAAUCUGAAUAUAUUGCAUGGACUCCAGUCGUUCUUGGACUUAUUGGAACAGCUUUUGGUUUUGGAGUUUAUUAUGUCAUGCCACUCAGUUUACUCACCUUUAACAUUACAAUUAUGAGCUACAUGUUUAUGAGUGUCAUUCUAUGCAUGUUAUUAGGUCUGGUUGUACUUUCUCUCAAUUUUGAGAAUAUGAUUGAAUUUGUUGUGGUUAUUUUCACAAUUGGUAUUUUUGAAAAGGCAGCAGUUGUGGAUCUCGUAGAGAAGAAUCUAAUUGCACACAGAGAGAGAAAUCGUAAAACUACUCUCAUGUUUGCAUUGAGUUUGGGGUUCAUUAUUUUUAGCUCUGUGCUUUUUAACACACAAAUCACUGCCUUUAAAUAUAAUAUUAUGAGAGGAGCAGGAACGAAUUUAAUUGUUGGAACUCGAUCAUUGUAUGCCUUUUCGUCGUAUCCUCAGGCCCUACUAGAUGCGAGAAUUGAACCCACGACCAUUCCCAAGCAAGUGACGGUACCGCUCACUAAUAAUUUUACUUCAUUACCUGUGGGUGAAGGCUCUACCUCUUCCUACGCACGUUACAGUAACAAUUUGGAUGAAUACUUGUAUACACUCGAGGGUGGUUCUCAAUUGAUUUUAGGUAGCUAUUUUAAAACUCGUCUCAAUGUUGAUUUGAAUGAUGAAGCUAUUAUUGAAACCAUAGAAACAACUUCAGCCAUUCCAAAAUAUAAUUAUGCCUUAUUCAAAGUGGGUGCAUUCCUUGAAGCCUCUCCAGUCGCUCUCUAUUCUUCCUUCCCACGAUUUGGUACUCAGAAUAUUCUCGUGAGUGUUCCUACUUAUUUGAGACUACUUGGAAGAGAUAAGGGAUUUUCCGUGAAUCGACUUCCCGUCGAUGCCAUUUUCAUUAAAUUAACCGACUCGGUGCAACAGAACAAACAAGAAUAUCGAAAGAUGAAAAAUUCGCUCCAGAAAGUGAUUAGUGCUUAUCGAGGACCUUUCAUUAGAGAUGUCAAUGAUGAGUUAUAUCCCAUUGAAAUUGCUGUACAGGUGAUGAAUUUCUUCUUCCUCUUUACUACUUUGGUUGCUUUAAUUAUUUGUUUCUUUAGUUUAGUUUCAAGCAUGUAUAGUAAUGUGAACGAACAAGCAAAGGAGAUUGGUGUUUUGCGAGCUAUUGGAAUGAGAAAGUUUUCAAUUAUUCGAGUUUUUAUUUAUGAAGCAUUUGUACUCAUUACUUCUGCCUCAAUUUCUGGAAUAUUUAUUGGAGGUAUUAUUGGAUAUACCAUGUCGCUUCAAAACACACUCAUUACUGAACUACCUAUUGAUUUUAUCUUUCCUUAUCAAAUUGUUGCAUUGGUAUUUAUUUGUGCAAUGGUAUUUAGUUUCCUCUCUUCCUUCUUCCCAAUUUAUUCACUUGUGAAAAUGCCCAUUGUGAGUGUAUUGAGAAAAUUAAAUUAA